AUGGGAUAUAGCGAGGCAAAGCUUGUAUGCGAGUACAUGCUUGAUGAAGCUCUUCAUCGGUUCCCGUCUCUCUUCCGCGCCAUGGCCGUGCGUAUCGGGCAAAUCUCCGGAUCGAACACCAGCGGAUACUGGUGUCCUGUCGAGCACCUGGCGGUCAUGCUUAAGUCAUCGCAGACACUGCAUGUACUCCCACAGCUUGAAGGGGGUAAGAUUUCCAGUCUCCUUUCGUUCCUGGACGCUGCGGGCAUGGCUGGCUGCGAAUGUGGUAGUGUUAUUGCCAUAACUACAUACGCUCAGUGUCCUGCUAGUCUGCAGAAGCUAGGAAACACAAUCUGUAAUGGUCACAAGUACCACGAACAAGAUAAUAUUGAGUUGUAG